AUGGCCAAGUACAGGGUCAGAUUCAAUGAUAAAGCUCGAGCGGGAGCUGUGGCUCGACGCAAUGAGUUGAAAAGAAAGCGUCAGAAGCAGUUUCACAGAGAUGAAGAGGAAGGAGAGCCUGGGGAUAUGCCAGAGACCACGGCUGAUCCCAACGCUCAGGUUUUACUGCCAUUGACAGACGAGCAAAAAGACCAGCGUAAACGCCAAUUACACGAAGAUUUGGUAACUGACAAGAAGAUGAGCUCGCUCAAGAAAAAACGACUAGACAAGUACAUUGACCGCCAAGUCCGCCGUCAAGAGCGGGACGAGAUUUUUGCCAAGUUGGCUGCAUCUACUGUGAAUACCAGUAAUUUCCAGAGCUUGAAGCGACUUGGUCAGAAAGGCGAUUUAGAGAAAGAGUUUGCCUCGGAAUCCGAGCGUGAGGACCAGGAUCAAAGUGAGAGUGACAGCGAGUCUGAUACGCAGCCAAAGUCGACGUUUGUUGAUUUUCGACCAUCUGCCGGAGGGUUUGGAUUCCAAAACUUGCCACAGAUUAAGAAAGCUGCGCCUCAAAAGCAGAAGAAAGUAUCUUGGCGCGAAAAGUUGGGUAUGUCUGCCGAUACCGACGACGAACAUUCUGAAAAUGAGACCGAUAGUGAGUCUGAGAGUGAUUCUGGGAGCGAUUCAAGUGAUUGUGAAGAAGCCAAACUAAGCGACGACGAGAGCGAGUCUGAAAAGAGUGGAAAUGACGAGGCCAAUCAAGAGGAAGAGAGUGAAAGUGAAGAAGCCGAAGCCAAUGAAGAGAACGAGCAGAAUUCGAAAUCAAUAGGUGCUCAGUUCAGUAAUUGGGCUCAUAGCCUAGAAAAACACGAGAGUUUGCCAACCCCAAUUGUUGAAGGCUACAAACAUACCCCCAGAGUUGAACCUCAAGAGCCCGUACAAGAUUUCUCAAAGGGCGGUCAAACGCGGGGCAAGACGUUUUUCGUAAAUGUCGAGCGACCUGAAGAAAUUGACCAAUUACGUCUGAAUCUGCCGGCAUUAGCUUGCGAACAGCAGAUAAUGGAUGCAAUCCACCACCAUGAUUGCGUCGUUUUGACCGGUGAAACCGGUUCCGGUAAAACAACCCAGGUCCCACAAUUUUUGUACGAAGCAGGCUAUGGAUCUAACGACAGUGAAACCCCAGGGAUGAUUGCCAUCACCCAACCUCGGCGAGUGGCUGCUGUAUCUAUGGCUGAGCGUGUCUCUGUAGAGCUCGGAAACCAUGGGCACCGCGUUGGCUAUCAAAUCCGAUUUGAUUCUCAAACCGGCCCAGAUACAAAGGUUAAGUUCAUGACGGAUGGUGUACUGCUUCGUGAAAUGUCUUCAGAUCUUAUGUUGACAAAGUAUUCUGCAGUCAUAGUUGAUGAGGCCCACGAGAGAAGUGUCAAUACAGAUAUCCUGAUUGGGUUACUGAGCCGUAUUGUCAAGCUUCGACGUGAAGAGGGCAAGCCCCUCAAACUCAUUAUCAUGUCCGCUACACUCCGUGUUAGCGACUUUACUGAAAACACCACGCUUUUCCCAACCCCUCCACCAAUUGUCUCUGUUGAAGCCCGCCAGUUCCCAGUCGCCAUGCAUUUCAGUCGUCGCACCACGCAUGACUACGUCAAUGAAGCCAUCUCUAAAGCUAUCAAGAUACAUGAAAAGCUACCCAAAGGUGGUAUUCUGAUCUUCCUGACUGGUCAAAACGAAAUUUCGUUCGCUGUGAAUCAAUUGAGAAAGUAUAGUAAAGAGCCAACACUCAAGCCGGCUCAGGUCCGUCUUUCUGCGAAAGAAACAGUGAUGGAAGAAGAAACGGUUGAUUUCGAUCUACCCGAAGACGAAACAGACUACGACGAUGAUAACAGUGAUGAAGAGAGUGAAGAGGAGGGCUUUGAAGAAGAGUACGAUGGGGAGGAAACAAAACUUCAUGUAUUGCCCUUGUACUCUCUUCUUCCUACCCAGGAGCAAAUGAAGGUGUUUGAAAAAGUACCCAAGGGCACACGUCUCUGUGUUGUUGCUACCAAUGUUGCAGAGACCUCACUGACGAUUCCCAAUGUGCGUUAUGUUGUUGACAGUGGUCGUGCUAAGCAGCGUGUCUGCGACCAGGAGACUGGAGUACAAAAGUUCAAGGUUGGCUGGGUGUCUAAGGCUAGCGCAGACCAACGUGCUGGUCGUGCUGGUCGUACUGGCCCAGGACACUGCUACCGCCUUUACUCCUCGGCGGUUUAUGAACGCGACUUUUCGCAAUUCAGCGCGCCAGAAAUUAGCCGUAUGCCCAUCGAGGGAUUGGUACUCCAAAUGAAAGCCAUGGGUAUCCAUCACAUUGUUAACUUCCCAUUCCCAAGCCCUCCACCCAGAGAGAGCCUUGCAAAAGGUAUUGAGCUCCUUCAAUAUCUUGGUGCAUUGGACAAAGAGAUGCAGCUGACCGACUUGGGUAAACAGAUGAGUUUAUUCCCCUUGAAUCCUCGACAUGCCAAAAUGCUUUUAAUUGGAAACCAACAUGGCUGUAUGGGAUACGUUAUUGCAGUUGUCGCUGCCCUAUCCGUCGGUGACCCAUUCAUCCCAUUGUACGAGCUAUUACCGCCUCCUGUUAAACCAGUCGUCAAGAGCGAUGACUCGGAAGAUGAAGAAGAGGAGGAGGAAUUCACUGUUGAGGAAAAAGAGCGUCAAGAUAAAUUACGCCAACGCUUCAACCAGGUUAAUGGUAUGUUCUCUGGACUGGAUAAAAAGAGCGAUGUUAUCAAGGCGCUUGCUGCAGUUGCAGGCUAUGAUUUUGCUAAUUCCACAUCUGAAUACUGCAAAGAAAAUUUCCUGCGUAGCAAAAUCAUGACAGAAAUCACCAAACUUCGUCAACAAUUGGCGUAUCUUGUCGCAAGCACUACGCGGCCCGAUGCGAUAGAGUCCACAACACAAGCGUUGUCAAAGCAGCUUCAACCUCCUACUAAAGUUCAACUUGCAGCAUUGAAGCAGAUUGUUACAGCAGGGUAUAUUGAUCUGAUUGCUGUGCGAGCCGAUAGCAUUGACGAUUCAGCAUCAGUUGGCAAAAAGACGUCCAUUAUCAACCAUCCCUACAUCACUUUGAUGCCGGGCCCUGAAAAGUAUGCCUAUAUCCACCCUGGAAGUGUGUUAUCUCAUCUGGGCAGUCAGCCUCCUGAGUUUUUAGUGUAUCAUGCCUUGACAAUGGGUGAUGCUGAAAACGCUAAAGUUCGUCUGCGGACCUUAGCGGAUACUACAGCUUCAGCAAUUUCCCAUAUUGCUGCUCAAACCCCACUUGUUACCUAUUCCAAGCCUUUGGGAGGAGCACAUGCACCCAAAGUUUUAUCGCCCACCAAACGCAUUGCGUGGGUCGUACCCCGAAUGGGCGCCGCUAUUGGUUCUGGCGGUGUGGGAUGGGACCUGCCUGCUCGUAAAGUGACACAAGUCAAAAGAGGUGGCGAGUGGUGUACUGUAGAUUAA